UAUAUAGUUAAGAGAACGAGAGACAGCGCUACCCGGAGCAGGCUGCGCUUCUGCUACUACUCCGCCUAACAUUCGGGAGAGAGAGGCAGAGCGAGCGAGAGGAGCGAGAUCGGAGGCGUUCAUUGACAUAAAAGUGAAGACGCUCUCGCUCAACUCCUCAGCUUGAUCAGAGCGACCGCCGAGCAAAGAAGAAGGACUUAAAGACAACCCGACCGAGCCGAUCCACCCCUCGCUCCUGGAACCAUGAACUUUCUGCUCACUUGGAUCCAUUGCGGGUUGGCGGCGCUGCUUUAUUUCCACAACGCCAAGGUGUUGCAGGCUGCUCCUGCCCAAGAGGAUGGAGAGAAGCAACCAGAAGAAGUUAUCCCAUUUAUGACGGUCUUUGAGCGGAGUGCCUGCAGGCCCAUUGAGACCAUGGUAGAUAUUUACCAGGAGUAUCCUGAUGAGGUGGAAUACAUGUUCAAACCGUCCUGUGUGCUCCUGAUGAAAUGUGGAGGAUUCUGUAAUGACGAAGCGCUAGAAUGUGUGCCCACAGAGGUGUACAAUGUCAGCAUGGAGAUCAUGAAACUCAGACACUUACAGAGCCAGCAUAUACAACUGAUGAGCUUCCAGCAGCACAGUAAAUGUCAAUGCAGACAAAAGAAACCAAUAAGAAUUAAACAAGAAAAAAAAUCAAAGCGAGGAAAGGGGAAGGGUCAAAAAAGAAAGCGCAAGAGAGCCCGGUAUAAACCACAGAAUUUUCACUGUGAACCUUGCUCAGAAAGGAGAAAGCACUUGUACAAACAAGAUCCCUUGACCUGUAAAUGUUCCUGCAAAUUCACAGACUCACGUUGCAAGUCGAAGCAGCUUGAGUUAAACGAGCGCACUUGCAGAUGUGACAAACCAAGGCGGUGAGCAGCAGAGAAGAAAGGGAGUGCGGGCGCAGCCUUGAUUCUGGAGCCUGACAUCUCACCUGGUCAGAAACAGAAAACAAACACUAAUCCAAAUGAACACUAAAAAUGAAGGAUCAGCAGCGCACAGCACUUUUGAGUAUGAACGAUGGACUCUGGAAGGAACAUUCCCUGAGGAUCUGCGCAGGAUUCACCUAUUGGUUUUGAACUAGUUUUACAAAAAAAAAAAAACUUUCCUUCUCAUGCUGCUAAGAUAUAGAGCCAGGGAGAGUGGAGUGGUAUAUGCUUGGGACUCCCAAAACACAUGAAGUAUAUGUAUAUGUAUAUGUAUGUAUAUAUAUAUACUGAAUUUCUAAAACAUUGCUAACAUUAUUGGUGUCUUCACUGGAUAUACUCAACUGCUGUGGACACAAGUGGGCUAUUUGGGACAUAGAAAGAAACUACGACUGGACUCCAGUCAAUACUGCUCAAUAUAUUCUUCAUACUCUUCCUGACCCUCUAAAGCCUGCUGGUCUCACUUCCUGUCCCCACUCUCCUGCCCCACUCCCGUGUGGUGAAACAUUUGUACGAGAAGAGAUGGCAGGGGAUUCCCAAAAUGGCACCUUGGAAUACUGUGUGGGUCAAAAGGUCAAGGAAAUAACUUUUAAAUGCUGGAACUGAUCAUUCAAUCAAAUUCCCUUCCCCUUCUUUCUCGAAAAAUCUCUUCUGAGUCUGGCUUACUAUCUGUUAGCUUCACUGGGUUGUUGGUGUAUAUUUUUGUAUUGACUUGCUGCAGGAACAUUUUGCCACAGAUAAUGUGUUUUGGCCUUAAUGAUGGGAAAUGGCUGACGUUUGGACAGCUCAAGGAGGCAUCCCUGGAAUCCUGCCAUCCCUGUUGGCUACUUAAAUAAUGGAUGUCAUAUCGGCAGAAGGAGAUGGAGGAAAGAAGGGGAACUAACAGAGAGCCGGGCAGUUGAACCAGCACUGUCAACCAUCAUGCACAGAGCUGCCACUGAAGAUACUUCUGGAACUUUUCUGGAAAGGGAUAUUAAUUUAAGUAUAUAUGCGCAAUAGACAGGAUGUGUGAGUGUGUGUGAGUGAGGGGGUACAUACAUACAACUGUAUAGGUUUUUUUUUUUGUGCCUAAUAAGUUUUAAAUUGGCUUGUUACAUUUUGGCCCUUCGAGGGUAAAGCUGGUGAGAGCUUAUACUUUAGCAUUGUAAAUUUGUUACUCUCAGUCUUGACCUAUGAAUAUAUUAAGACAUAUUGUUCUUUGCUGGACUUGUAGAUCUUAUUACCACCACAAAAAAAUUAGCAUAGAGUCUCCCCAUUAUCAAUAAUAUCUGAUAAUUAGGCCCAGCCACCCAGAUAUGACUUGCAUGAAAAGUCAGUGGGACUGUACAUUGAAUUCCAGAGUUACUCUGCGCCCAGUGUUGGCAGAAGAACUUUUGAAUUAAAGAGGGACCUUGUGUGGCAUUCUAAAACAACCUUGACUUCCCUAAUUAAGAAUAUUCUACAGUUAAGUUACAGAGAAUAUGGAGGAUGAAAGGAGCCAUAUGAUUUUGGGGUGGUUCUAAAUGUGCUGUUCAGUUAUUCACUGCAUGAGCUGAAAUAAUAUUAAACAACACUGCUAUAGAGCAGAUUUAAGAAGGAAGACAAAACCACCAUGCUUCCCUCUAUUCUUAAAGCUGUACCUAUUUCCAAAUUAGGCAAUUCACCUUGAUAUUUACUUUUACUUUUCAAGUGCCCACUGUAGUCAUUACAAAAUGUGAUUGUUUUAUCCAGUUUCCCCAUUGACCUAUACAGACCAGCCAUGUAAGCUUUUGGUUAGCCUCCCUCAAUCCAAGCUCUUCCAUAGCUGUUAAGAGUUCAGAGCCAAUAUUCUGAAUCAGCAAGGCAAAUAGGCGGAGGAAAGUGGGAAUUGCUGUUGGUUAGUUCCGGAAGGUAGCAGAUUGGGGAAGGCUAUCUCAAGCUUUUUCUGUUAGUUUCUUGAAUGGUUGAUUGUUGUAUUAUUCCUAUAACAGUUUUGGAACUUAAUUGAAUAGCCUUAAGUGCUUCUAUGCAAAAAGAUUUAAGUUCAAGUGCGCACAGAGUCUGAUCUAAGUCCCAGAGUUAAUAGCAUUCUAACAGGUGUGGAUUUUGGUUCAUCACCAAAAUCUAAGCCAGUGUAAAUCUGAUGAAAGGGGGAGGAGUGAUGGUUUUCUUUUUUGCAUAUAGGUCCAAAACAACAGAGGUUUUUUUGAUAAUUGUUUGUAACCAAGCCAGUAUAUAUGUAACUUUCAGAGACAGUAAACAAAGCUCUAGUACCAGGCAAUUGGCAAGAUUCCAUUUAAUUCUGGUUUGAAGAUGUCCUUUGAACAAUGUUACUCAGAUUGGCAACUUUAAAAUAUGUGGACUUUUAACUCCCAGAAUUCCUCAGCCAUGGGGGUUCUUACAGUUGAACUCAUACCUCUUUAAAGUUGUCAGGAUUGAGAAACACUGCCUUAGAAUAUGGAACUUGGACCAGCCAAUCUGAUUCGUUGAAAUUCAGUUUUAGCAAUCAGUAAUUGUUCUUGGGGAAUCAAGCUACAAUUUUCAGUGCCUUGCAUAUAAACACUUGAAACACCAAAGCAUCUCCCAAAUCACCAGGCAUUUAAUAGGUAUUUGGACAGAAGAUGAUAAGGCAGAUUUUUAAUUCUACUUUUUACACUCUAUGAAUGUCUGAAGCAAUUUGACGUGCAUAGAAGGCAUGGCUUCAGCUUGCUUUGCUGGGAAAUGCAAAAUGAUACUGGUUGACACCACUGGGUACCAUUCUCUGUUAAAUGUUCUGCAGUCCCAGAUCAAAUACGUUAGGAGAAUUGAGGCUGCUGGACACCACUGAAUCUGCAAGGACAGAAUUCCCAUUUUUCUUACUGCGUGGAACUUUGUUGGACUAUCUCCAGGCAGCAUGCCAUCCAGCUAUUUUAAGUCCAGAUCAGUAUUGCUGUCAUGGGGAAAGCUAUUGCUGUAUGGUGUGUAUGUGAUGCUUCUAUACGUUUCUGAUUUCUGUGAAGUUAGUGAAUCAACUCUGAAGAGGAUGACUGUCUGUAUAUGUUUGUGGGGGACAGAAUCCAAGCAACUCCUUUCCCUACCACGAAGUAGUAUGAGAUCCUCCUUGCCCUUCUCCUUACCUGUUUUCUUUCCCUAAGAUCUUUCUCUAGGACAUGAAAUGGUGCUUGGAUCCGGCCAUCUGUUUGGCAUUGUCAGAACAUUUAUCAAUCCAUUGUUGGAAACUGAUUGCAUAGCUGAGUCUGCAAAUGUAGAGCACAGUUCUGUGUACCUGGAAAGUUAUGUCUCAUUGCCUUCAUUGGACUGGUCUGUGUGCCUGCUUCUCAGUCUGACUGUUUUUUUUUUCGUUUUUUUUUUUUUUUGGUACUAUACUUGGUCUCUGUCAGAAUCCUGCCAAAUGCUUGCUUGUUUACAGAAAAGCAAGAAAAACUGGCCUUAAGUCAGCCUUUGACAAGUGUGUAUUAACCACUAUAAAAUCCCCCUCUAGCUGAUAGAAAUAUGGUAUGCAUUCAGUUUGUAUGCGUCUGUGUCUGCGUGGGGAUGUGUGCAAAUGUGCACACAUGUACAACUGAAAUGUAUAUGUUCAUGCUGUGUGCGGUGAUGUUCUAUAUACUUGUUUAAUGUCCCUUUAAAUUUAGAAAUUAAAACGUAAUAAUAAUUUAAACUAGGUAUUUUUCAAUAUUCUUUGUUUAAUAUUUAAUUUUACUAUUUAUAAGUUGUACCUUUUUUUUGUACUGUUUUAACUCUUCUGUUCAACCAAUCUUCCCCAAUUGUUGAGAAAGUGAAUAGCAUGAUCAGUUAUUUAAUUAAUAUCUUAACACUCAUCCCUACACAUUCCUUUUAAGCAAAGUUUAUGCAUCUACAUCUAUAUAUAUAUAUAUGCAUAUAUAUAUAUAUAUAUAUAUAUGGCUGUACAUGUGUAUGUGUGUAUAUAUAUAUAUAUGUUUAUGUAUAUGUGUAAUUAAUUAGACACUACAUUUUUUAUAUAUGUAAACUUUUCUUCUGCCCCAGAUUAUAGAAAAUUUUACUAUCAUUUUAUUUAUUGGUGCUACUGUUAUUAUUGGUGUACUGUGGCUAAAAAAAAUCACUAGCCACACUGGUUAAUCUCAAAAUUCCAUAAGAAAUAUUUAUUUUUAGACAAAAAAUAUCUUU